GAUGUGAUGAUGGCAAUAAAGCACCCCGCGGACCGUUUUUCCCUCAGACGUUCUUUUGGGUUCAUUGCAGGAAUAGAGAUGACCGACGAGGGGUAGACGAGCAGAGUUUUUAUGAACUGAUUUUCUGAAUAUUGACUAUUUAAGAGACUUCCACAACAAAGUCUUGACUUUUUAAACUGCUGAGGCAUCAUUUUCUUCUAUUGUCAACAGGGCCUCUGGCCUCACUGGUCUAAUAGCAAUGGUACUUAUUCUGGGCAGAAGACUAAACCGGGAGGACUCGGGAGUCCGUGAGUCUCCAGCAGUUAAGAGAAAGGUUCUGGAAAUGGACAACAAGUCCGUCGCUAAUCAUGAUGUGUUCGAUUUCACCUCUGGCCCGUGCCACUCUGAGAGCAUUCUACAGAUGUUUAAUGAGUUCCGUGAUGGCCGACUGUUCACGGAUGUGGUGAUCAGCGUGGAGGGUCGCGAGUUUCCAUGCCACCGCGCCGUGUUGUCUGCUUGCAGCAGUUAUUUCCGCGCAAUGUUCUGCAAUGACCACCGUGAGAGCCGUGAGAUGUUGGUGGAGAUCAACGGCAUCCGUGUGGAAGCCAUGGACACCUUCCUACAGUACGUCUACACUGGACGUGCCCGCAUCACCACAGACAAUGUGCAAUUCCUCUUUGAGACCUCCUGCCUCUUCCAGAUCAGCACUCUCCGUGAUGCCUGUGCCAAGUUCUUGGAGGACCAACUUGACCCCUGCAACUGCCUGGGCAUCCAGCGUUUUGCCGACGCGCACUCCCUCAAGCAACUGGCCAACCGCUGCCGUUCCUACGCGCUGCAGACCUUUGCUGACGUGGCCCUACAUGAAGAAUUCUUGGACUUGCGCAAGGAAGAGCUGGAAGAGUACAUCGCUAGUGACGAGCUAGUCAUUGGAAAGGAGGAGACGGUGUUUGAAGCAGUGCUUCGUUGGGUGUACUACGAUGUGGACCACCGCAGAAUCGUGCUCAAAGAACUUCUCAACCAUGUCCGCCUGCCCCUGCUGCAUCCAAAUUAUUUCGUACAGACGGUAGAAGGUGACCAGUUGAUCCAAAAUGCACCGGAGUGCUAUCAUCUUCUGCACGAAGCCAGACGCUAUCAUGUGUUGGGCAACGAAAUGAUGUCGCCUAGAACCCGUCCACGCAGGUCUACAGGAUUCUCUGAGGUCAUUGUGGUAGUCGGAGGAUGUGAGAGAAUAGGAGGUUUCAAUCUGCCGUACACUGAGUGCUAUGAUCCUGUAACUGGGGAAUGGAAAUCCUUAGCCAAACUGCCAGAAUUUACCAAGUCAGAGUAUGCUGUGUGUGCCCUCAGGAACGACAUUCUGGUCUCAGGGGGUAGAAUCAACAGCAGGGAUGUCUGGAUGUACAACUCCCAGCUCAACAUCUGGAUCAGGGUUGCCUCCUUAAACAAGGGUCGCUGGAGACACAAAAUGGCUGUCUUGUUAGGAAAGGUGUAUGCCGUUGGUGGAUACGACGGUCAGUCACGACUCAGCAGCGUUGAAUGCUACGACUCUUUCUCAAACCGCUGGACAGAAGUGGCACCCAUGAAGGAGGCUGUCAGCUCGCCAGCCGUCAUAAGCUGUGUCAAUAAACUGUAUGUGAUUGGAGGAGGGCCCGAUGACAACACAUGCUCAGAUAAGGUUCAGUGCUAUGACCCUGAGUCCGACUCCUGGUUGCUAAGGGCCAACAUUCCCAUCGCUAAGCGCUGCAUCACAGCCGUAUCACUGAACAAUCUCAUCUAUGUUGCUGGAGGCCUAACCAAAUCUAUCUACUGCUAUGACCCCACUGAAGAUUAUUGGAUGCAUGUGGUCCACACUUUCAGCAAACAGGAAAGUUGCGGUAUGUCGGUAUGUAACGGUAAGAUCUAUAUCCUGGGUGGGCGUGGUGAAAACGGCGAGGCGUCAGACAACAUCCUGUGCUACGACCCGUCCACAGGCAUCAUCACGGGCGUGGCCGCUAUGCCCCGCCCCAUUUCUUACCACGGCUGCGUCACCAUUCAUCGCUACAAUGAGAAGUUCUACCAUUCAUGAUACUAAAAAAGCUCACUCACAACAGGGAUGCAGAUAAACUGAGCCUUAUUAUAGAUAACGGAGCAUUACCAUAGGUAAGGUAGAUAAGUACGGUUUGUCCCAACCCCCUUUAGUUCUCAAGCUUUGAGAGCUUUCCGUUAAACUGAAAAAUACACAACCCUAACUGUUUUACAUUUCUACCUUCAGAAAUGAGUUUGACAGCAUCACGCUGAUUUUGUAUAGAUUUGCAUACUGUUACACAAAUGUUUCUAAAAUGAUUGACAGUUGUGAAUUCUAGCUAGUCUCCGAUCUCCCGUUCUCUGUGAUCUGGGUCUUCCUCUUGGGUUAAACUCCUCCAUUGGUGAUUUAUUUUUUCCACUUCAUUAUUAUUAUUAUUAUUAUUGAAUUUUCUAUUGUAUUUUAAUGUAUGGUGUCAGUGGUUGUUUAAAAUGGGUGAAUGGUGUGAUUAUUUGUGACUGGUCAAGAGAGUGUUCAGUUGUGAUGGAUUUGUGUAUAAGUGUGUUUGAAAAGAUUUGUUUGUGAGACACCGAAUAUGCAGAAACCACUUUUUGUUAAACAAAAAUCCACCAGGCACCAAAAAGUAUAGUGUUUCUUUUAAUAUUGCUUUAUUUAUGCAUGUUUUUUGGUGAUUAUUAAUCAUUUUCUGUAGUUUGUAGUAGAAAUUGCGGCUAUCUUGUGGGACACACACGAAAUAGUCUGUCUGAACUUUUGAAGCAUUACAUGCGAGUCGAUUAGCCUAUGUUUAUUCUGUUUCGUUUACUCUAAGGGAAAACACGAUUUCUUGCAUAUACUAUAGAAUUCAAUCAGUAAUGUCUUGUUUAUAAGUGAAUCAUAUAUUAGCUUUCACUUUAAGUUAUUUAUUCUUGAUCGAAGUCCAAAAGCCCCAACCAGGCACUUAAGUUUUAGUAUUUCUCAGUGUCCCAGAAUGUAAAUAUUAUCCUUCUUCAGGUUUACUGUAUCAGUAAGUGUUUGCAAUGUUGAUGCAUCAGGCCAAAAGGCCAGUUCACACUCUCAGCUCCUAUAAAACUCUUUUUUUUGUUGUUGUUGUUCUUACAGUAAUCUGAGCUUAGUAUUUGUGCAUGCAGUUCAGUGAUGUAGCAGCAAAAGAUUGUGUGUUUGUGUGCCAGGGAUUCUAAGACUAGUGAUGUCAGCUUUGUUGCCUGCUUUUGGUUAGAAGUAUUGUUUAGUUUUGUCAACUGCAAGACCAGAACAACACAUUGUUCAUUUUACUCUGGGAAUUUUACAAUGCAACUGAAAUGAGAGUCGAACCCUGCGCACAAAUGCGACAACACGUGGCCUUUCUUUAAACUUUUUUGGUGUGUAGUUUACGACUUUGAGUAAAUAAAUGUUUAGACUAGGUAAUGUGAGUUUGGUGUCUGUCUUUUGGUGAGUGCUCUAUAGGCUUGCUUUUUCUGAUAACCUUCAGUUGCUAAAAGGCAUAGACAGAAUGAGUGUUUUUAUUAAGAUUAUUUUACAAAUGUUUCUUUUUAAAUGAGUCCCCUGAGUCCAGGGUUUGAAUUAUAUGUGCAUCCCCAAAAACUUGUAUGUCAAAAAAAAAAAAAAAAAUAUGGCAAGAAUGCAGUUUAAGCGCUGAUUACGGUUACGGUUCUGCAGAACAAAAUGCCAAUUUAAAAAGAUAUUACUAUAAGUGUGUUAAAAGAAAUGACCAUUUUGUGCCUUUGUGGUGGAAUGAAUGAUAACUCACCAAAGAUGUGUGAUUAGUUUUGUCUGUGUUAAUUCCAGCACAAGGUUGUAGAAAUGUUUAAAACUGUUGCUAAAAUUUUCUCAUUCUAAGUAACUGAAAUAUACAAGAGCUUAAUGUGGUGUAUAUGCAUCCGUUUUCCUUAAUAAAGCAAUUUUUAGUAUGAA